AUGCCAUGUGGGUCGCAGAACUGCGCCGCGUCGCCCACGCCGUCCGCGUCGCCACCCUCGCCGCUGCCCGCGAUAGUCGUCACCGCGCCAGUCGCCACCUCCACCCGCCGGAUCUUCUGGUUGCCUUGGUCUGCCGCGAUUGAUGAGGACGCUCUGCUUUUGCGUAUGGCCGCCGUCCAACCACCUGCUUGCCUCGCGGAUCUCAAUGACGAUCUGUUGAGGAUGAUCGACCUCGCCGCCCCGCUGGUGGCAAACGCUGUGUCGGUUACAAAUGAGAAGUGGCGGGAUGCAGCAUCCAAAAUCGGCGGCCGAGUCGGAGCUAAGAUAACAGGCGCCCUCGAGCGCAAUGAGGUCGAGCGGGAGUUAGUUGCCGGCGAAGUCGUAAGUGCGUAA